AGUGGGCUUUGAGCUGUGAUUUAGCUGUCCUUUUAUAUGUUGGAAAUUUCAGGUUUCUCUCUCUUUCUCAUUCUCUCUCUCUAUCUCUAUAUUCACACACACCAAAAAUCCCUAAUAACCUCAAAAAUAAAUUCAACCUCUUCUCCACUUUCUCACUCUCCUUCUCAGAUCUCAAAGAAACCCAUUUCCAUUAUCACUUUUUUUCUACACUUUUUGAGUUUUUUCAUCUCACAUUUGCUUAAAGAUUCAAUCUUUGAACAAAAAAAAACAAACAAGCAUUCUUGAUUUUCAGAUGACUCAUGUGAGAUGAAGGAGAAAACACAAACACCCAUUUGUUCUCUGUAUUUUCUUGUGUUGCUCUGUUUGUUGUUUUCAGUCUUUACUGAGCACACAAAUGCUGAGUUUACUGUAUCUGAAAAUGGCCGUUUAACUGAUUCUGAAGCUCAGUUCAUCAAACACAGGCAGCUUUUGUACUACAGAGAUGAGUUUGGUGAUAGAGGUGAAAAUGUGAAAAUUGAUCCAUCUAUGGUGUUUGAGAAUGAUAGAAUCAAGAAUGCUUAUAUUGCUUUACAAGCAUGGAAACAAGCUAUCAUUUCAGAUCCCUUUAAUAUUACUCUGAAUUGGGUUGGUCCUAAUGUAUGCAGCUACACCGGAAUCUUCUGUGCUCCGGCGUUGGAUAACCCCAAAAUUCGUACCGUUGCCGGCAUUGACCUUAACCAUGGUGACAUUGCAGGGUACCUCCCGGAGGAGCUUGGGCUUCUUACAGAUCUUGGGAUUUUCCAUAUCAAUUCAAACCGUUUCUGUGGUACAAUACCAAGAAAAUUCAACAAGUUGAAGAUACUGUUCGAGCUGGAUCUGAGUAAUAACAGGUUUGCUGGGAAGUUUCCUUAUGUUGUUUUGAGUUUACCCAAGUUGAUAUUCUUGGACAUUAGGUUCAAUGAAUUUGAAGGUAGUGUACCUUCACAGCUCUUUGAUAAACCAUUAGACGCUAUUUUUAUCAAUCAUAAUCGAUUUGCGUUUGAGUUGCCGGAUAAUUUUGGGAAUUCGCCGGUUUCUGUGAUAGUUCUGGCGAGUAACAGUUUUCAUGGGUGUCUUCCGGCGAGUAUUGGGAAUAUGAGUAAUUUGAAUGAAGCUAUUUUAAUGAACAAUGGGUUGCGUUCUUGUUUGCCGGCGGAGAUUGGAUUGUUGAAAAAUUUGACUGUGUUUGAUGUUAGCUUUAAUCAGUUGAUGGGUCCGUUGCCGGAGAAUUUUGGUGAUUUGGUGAAUUUGGAGCAGUUGAAUGUGGCUCAUAAUAUGCUUUCUGGGACGAUUCCUAAAAGUAUUUGUCAGCUUCCUAAGCUUGAGAAUUUUACGUAUUCUUAUAAUUUCUUCACCGGUGAACCGUCGGUGUGUUUGGGGUUGCCGGAGUUUCAUGAUGAACGGAAUUGCUUGCCGAAGAGACCGGUUCAACGGUCUCCGGGUCAGUGUAAGGCGUUUUUGUCUAAAAGAAUUCAUUGUAGUGCUUUCAGGUGUCGUAAAUUUGUUCCUGUUCUGCCACCUCCUCCGCCACUUUCGCCGCCGUUGCCUGCCCCUCCGCCGCCUGUUGUGGUGCCUAUUUCUCCACCUGCAUCUCCACCACCUGUUUAUUCACCGCCACCACCAGUUUAUACUCCUCCUUCACCACCACCUCCUCCACCUGUUUAUUCACCGCCACCUCCACCACCUGUUUAUUCACCGCCACCGCCACCACCACUUUAUACUCCUCCUUCACCACCACCUCCUCCACCGCCAGUUUAUUCACCGCCGCCACCACCACCACCCUCUCCACCUCCCCCGUCACCUCCUCCGCCUCCACCACCAGUUUAUUCACCACCACCACCACCACCACCUCCAUCUCCUCCUCCACCAUCACCUCCACCGCCACCACCACCAGUUUAUUCACCGCCACCACCACCGCCAGUUUAUUCACCACCACCACCAGUUUACUCACCGCCGCCACCAUCUCCACCUCCUCCAUCACCGUUGCCUUAUUGUGUACGCUCACCUCCACCUCCACCACCGAAUUCUCCACCUCCUCCACCACCAAAUUCUCCACCUCCGCCGCUUUCGCACUCGCCUCCACCCCCUUCACCUUACUAUUAUAAUUCACCACCACCUCCGCCACCAAAUUCGCCUCCUCCACCACCAAAUUCUCCACCUCCUCCACCACCGGUAUACAUAUACUCAUCACCUCCGCCACCUCAUUCACCUCCACCUCCACCACCAGCAUACAUAUACUCAUCACCUCCGCCACCUCAUUCGCCUCCACCUCCAUCCCCAUUGCCUUGUAUAGAACCUCCACCCCCACCUCCUCCUUGCAUUGAACCACCCCCUUCACCAUCUCCUCCUCCACCACCUGUUUAUUAUUACAGUUCUCCACCCCCACCAUCUCCAUCACCAUCACCACCGGUUUACUAUUACAAUUCUCCACCCCCACCAUCGCCAUCACCACCGCCUGCUCCGGUAUAUGAAGGUCCAUUGCCACCAGUAAUAGGUGUUUCCUAUGCUUCACCACCCCCACCACCCUUUUAUUAAUUCUUUCAGAAAUUUCCACUAACUUAUCCUCAGAGCUACAAAAUUGUUCCUACAAUUAUUAUUUCUUCUACUCUUCAAGCCAUUAACAAAAUCGAGCUAAUACGUGAUCACGAAGUAACAAUGGUGCUACAGAAAGAAAGAAAGAGGAGGUAAAAGAGAGUAGAAAGAUUGCAUCUCCCAAAAUUUUAUUUUAGAAUUGCUAUGAAUAGAUUGAAGUUGUGGAGAGAAUAAAUUGGCAAAGAAAAGAUUGAAACUUUGCAUGAAAAUGUAUGUAUAGAGAUUAUAAUCUGGAAUUAGAAACCAGUUUACAGUGCUUGCUGCAUCUGUUUCUUCUAGUUUGUGAGUUUUAUUGUUAUUAUCUUUAGAUUUUAGUUCAUCAUA